AUGCCGGUAACAGCUGGUUGUACUUCUCACCACUGUGUCCUUUGCUUUCAACUAGGAAGAAUGCUAAGGUGGAGACGCAUCCUGCUGCAUCAUUUUCUUCUGUAUCUUGGCAGCCUCUUCUACCUUAGAACCUUGCUGUGCUCUACCCAGUACCCCUUCGACGACUUAGAAUACUACCCAACGGUAAAGCCGUUUGAGGCGGGGAAGUUUCAAAACUUUAUUCCCUAUGUUUCUUCACCCUUAGUUGGCAGCUCGCAGAAGAGUAACCAGCUGGAUUUCGCAAAAACUCCCCCAUAUUCUGGAACAUUUUCAUCCGCGAACCAUGAAGUUGUCGGAGUGCUACAGGCCAGGUGGAACAGAACGGAGAUUAGCGCCAACCUCACUACGAAGACAUCUUCUGUCAAACCAGACGGAGGUGUUACCGUCCAGUAUUGGUUACCAGGCAAUCCUUUUGGAUCCUCACCGUCGCAAGAUGUUCGGGACAAGGAAUCGGAAACACGAUUCGUAUCAUCCGACACUGGGGAAGCAACAACUGUCGGUUCUCGACUCCGACAAAACGGAAGGUCUGUUUCCUCUUCAGAAGAUCGAUCAAACGUUAUCCAUGGUGCGCCAAGCUCUUCUACAACAGCGAGUGCAUGGGGGAAAAUCAAGGCGCAGUUCCUGCCGGAUCAAUACGACAUGCCCGUUGACCAAGGCAACGAUCCGCUGGUCCAUCUCAGGAAAAAUGGGACAGCGACUCGGGAGGCACACCGGGGCAGUUACUUCCCACUUGCGGAACAUAUCUCAAAGACGAACGACUUAGUCAGACUCUACGGGCCAGACUCCCCCGAGCUGCAGGAAACGGCGCAGUCCGUUCUCCAGGUCCUCCGCCAGACAGGAAAUGACACAGAUAUUUAUAACGCAGUGUCAACACUUCCACCCGACAUCAUCAUCAAACUGGUCAUGAACAGUACUGACGCAUACAGCCUUGUUCGCUGUCGGAAAGGUUACCAAGCUGUAUCUACGUCUCUCUGCGCCUCUCCACUGGGGGAAGAAGUCCCAAUUCAGGGAUCCUGUGUCGGUGCGGGAUCCUACGACACGGACAUGGGACGCUGCUUUACCGUCUCGGAGAUUGAACCGAUCUCGACCUGCCCCAUUGGCUACCGGAUAGCACGUACUCCGCUCGAUUACCGUUAUGGGCCGUGUAGACCAAUCGAGCGUCUCCCUGCUCUUCCCAGUUGUGACCCUCCUUAUGUGUUAGAUCCGCCUAUGGCCAAGUGCUUGUAUAACAGCACCCAUCCGGGCUAUAUCGGCUGUCCUCCGGGUGCCAAGACUCUCAAUGAAACGACGUGCGCCGUCUCCACUCAAGUUGUUAGAAUUCCUCAGUGUCCACCAGGAUACAAGAGCACCCUCCUUAAAGAUGGGAGUGGGGAGUGCAGCAAGACACUCAAGUUUCGCGGCGAAUACCUUGCUACGCCACGGUGCAAAGGGGGCGCGAAGGAGUUGGUCAACUACGACCUCUAUGACGAAGAAAACCAUCCUCUUGUGACCUGCAUCGCCACUGAAGUCAUCAAAACAUUCGCUGCUUGUCCUCCAGAAACUAUUCCAUACGAAGACUACCUCGAGGCGGGAAAUGAUCCACCUGUGAUAUUCGACAGCUCACUCGGACAUCCCGCGCGAACAUGUGUAAGGACGGAAGAGGGUAUCAUACGUCCCUCUUGUCACGAUAUGCUGGGACAAGUUCCAUUCAUUCUACUCGGAAGAGGAGAAACUGAGCCGUUUGAUUACUCGUUAAUGAUGCCGAACUCUCUUGUGGAAGAAGUCAUUCGGCCAGACUGGACGAAAUUAUCCAGGCGGAUAGGGGGAAAUGGCAACGUGUACUACGAGAGAGAGAACCUCGAGAUAUCCAUCCACUGUCUCUCCUUUCAUUAUGCACAGCCAGUUUUGCGCUGCCCCGAGGGGACAGUCCAAAAUGGCCUGAAGCUUGAAGAAUGCAAACGAAAAGCUUUCGUUGAUUUCGUCCUGAUGUGCCCCCCGGGAUACACUCUUAAUGAAGCUGGUCUCGUCUUCGGUCCAUACAAUGCACCCAAACCCAAGUGCAUUGGCAAGCUGCGUGCUGCCACCCAAUACUACUGUCCGGAGGUAUGUGUUGGAACAAACUCCACGAGAUGCGGCAAGGAAGUAGCAAACAGUCUUACAACGUGA